UCUCUGGUGUGGUACUUCAUGGGAUGGCUGUUUUUUUUGAAGAACCCGGAUGAACCCGGUAACUCCGGGAAUACUCAAAUCCUCACAACCAAUAGAGGACGACCCUAAUUUGUGCAUGGCAUUAAAUUUAAUUUUUUUUUUUCCGCUACUCAUAUGAAUGUUGAUUCGGCAGGCCUUGGCAGCAGAUGAUGCUCAGCACUACUUACAGGGCAUUUUCCAUCAUUUGCUGAAAGACAGCGCAGUGGUCGUGGUCCCAGAGACGUCGAUUUGAUGGACAGCCAACAUCUCUGCGCAACGGAGAUGGAAGAAUUGGCCCUGGGUUCCGAUAUUCCGAUAUCAUUUGGUCCAUUGGACGCCAAGGUCACGAGCUUGAUGAGCAAAAGGAGGACGCCUGCUACUUCGAAGAGCAUGGCUGCUACCCUCCAGAUUUCUGCCAAUCAAGUGCCAAAGCUUGUUGCGUCAAUCUUUGGCCAGAAGUCCCAAGGAUCUUUCCUCUGUGACCGGGCGGCUUUCCAUGUCUUCAUGAUGGCAUCUGGUGCUGAUGCCCGUCCUUUCACAAAGAUGAAUUACGAUGACUUCUGCCCACUCAGUUACCUUGACAUGAAGUUCCGCAAGAAGAUCAAAAAGUAGCUCAUGAGUCUCAUGAGAGAUGAAUUUUGAGUUUCGCAAUGCGAGCAUUGCCAAGGCCUGGAGGCUAGCAUCGGUGCUGAUGUUUGGGGCGUCGCUGC